AUGCCCUCUCAUACUAAUCUUGUUCGUAAGCAUAGGAUUAGAUUUGCAUCCUGGAACAUUGGAUCAUUGACGGGCAAGAGUAUGGAGCUGAUAGAUGUUAUGCAGAGAAGAAGGAUUAAUGUUGCCUGCAUUCAAGAAACGAGAUGGAAGGGCCACAAAGCCAAGGCGUUAGAUGACUUCAAACUGUGGUACUUGGGAAAUGAAAGUAGGAGAGGUGGAGUGGGUAUAGUUGUGGACAAAGACCUUAAGAAUGAAGUAGUGGAUGUUAAAAGAUUUGGAGAGAGGAUCUUAUCUAUCAAACUGGUGCUAGACAACGAGGUUAUCAACAUUGUAAGUGUCUACGCGCCUCAGGCAGGCUUAGAUGAGAGUGUUAAAAUACAAUUCUGGGAACACAUGGAUGGUUUAGUGCAAGGUUUUGGCAAGGGAGAGAAAAUUAUUAUCGGAGGUGACCUUAACGGACAUGUGGGCAAAGAUCGAAGAGGCUAUGAAGAAGUUCACGGAGAAUAUGGGGUUGGGGAGAGGAAUGAAGAGGGGAUCUCAGUGUUAGACUUUGCGAUAGCGUUUGAUAUGUGCAUCGUAAAUACCUUUUUUAAGAAGAGAGAAGAACAUUUAGUUACCUACAAGAGUGGACAACAUGCAAGCCAAAUAGAUUUCUUCCUAACUAGAAGGUUUGACAGACUUCUAUAUAAGGAUUGUAAGGUUAUUCCUAGAGAGAGCUUAACCGCUCAACAUAGAGUGGUGGUCUUAGAUAUGUACCUUGGUACGAGGCAACGUAAGAAGGCGAAUCAGGUUUGCCCUAAGAUAAGAUGGGGGCGACUACAAGGAGUUCUCUUAGAGUCAUUUAUCGAUAAAGUAACUCUACAAGGAAAGUGGGACUUUAAGGGAGAUACCAAUGAGAUGUGGAUUGAGAUGACGACUUAUAUUAAGAAGGAAAUGUCUUCUAGUCGUCGUACUACUCGGAAAUUGGUAGCCCAAAAGAGGCUACGAGUUGAAUCCGAGGAGUCUUCCUAUUCUUCUUCGGUUCCACCAUCAUCUCCUAGAGAGGAUUUGUCUUCUGAGGAGCCAGGUUUCGAUCACCAUCUUUUCUCCAGUUAUGCAAUCAAACCUUUGUAA